AUGGCUCAACAUCUCCCACCUCCGGGCCCAGAGAACUUUACCCUUGGGUUGGAAGGCUACGGAUCUAUCAACCUUGAGCCCCGUCAAACGGCUAGGGCGGUUCCACAUGUAGCCCGCCAACUUUCUUUUCCACCGACCGAGUUGGAUAUCGCCUUGGCCGAACAAAAACGUCAGGCAGCGGUUAUUACUAUGCUGCAACAACGGCUAGAGGAGCGGGACGGGGGGUUGACCGUAACCCCUGCAAACGAACAUCAUGCUGAGCCCAGUCGACCGAAGAGAUCCCACAAACGAAGUCGACCGUCUCGCCCACCCCAAACAGCCGAACUCGCUGUUACCGAACGACGAACUGUCUUUGAGCGCCUCGAUCAAGGGGUUUCACGACCUCGGCUGACAAGCAUCAUUCGAGCCGAGAGUACUAGAUCCUCGGCAACGGGCUCCACAGCGGGAACCAACAGGGGAGGCGAGUCUGUCCGAACAAAACACCGUUCCGAACGACGGAUGAGUCAGAAAAGUGGGAAGAGGCCCGUGAACUUAAAUGAUCCACCUCGGCGACCCCAUACCAGUAGCAACCAGGAAUAUUCAUUUCAAUCGCGACAUGAUUCCGAACGUCACGAUGGGCGACACUCAGCCAACUCUGGCAGUCGACACCGAACAGAAAGCAGAGGAAACCGUUCGGAGCACGAUAAUACGAUUGUCCUCUACGAUCAAUUCACGGGCCUGCCAACCGUGUACCAACCCAUCGACCCGGCUCUUCAACCUCGGCACGCCCCAUUGACGAACUUGAGGGAGGCACAGGCGCCCUUAAUGCUAGCUGCUCCACGACCGAGGGAAAAAGAGGGGCACCGUCAGCAGGAAAGAAGAAAGACUCCGGAGCGGCAUACUGAUGUUCUUCCCCCUGUCGCCACACAGAUCGCAGCCGAAGGGCAGGCCGAAGACAAUUCGAAGCUCGGGAAGGCAAAGGCUUCCCCCUUCGUGGAUGCUAUUCAACAAGAGCGGCCGCCAGACAGAUUCGUCAUGCCGAAGCUGAAGCGCUAUGAGGCAAAAGAAGACGCAGUCGCGUUCGUUUGUCGCUUCAGGCAAACCAUGAGCCUCCAUAACUUUUCUGACGCUCUUAUGUGUAAAAUAUUCCCGCUCACUCUCAGUGAACCGAUCAUGUUAUGGUACAAUCAGUUGAAGCCCAAAUCCAUUUCUUGCUUUAACGAGCUAGAAUUGGAGUUUAGCACCCUCUAUACCGAGCGUUAUUGGGAAGUCUAUAACCUUAUUCCCAACUGUGAUCAAGGGGUAGCAGCCGAGUCUUUCAUGAAUGGAUUGGACCCAACCUCGGCAAUGUUUCGUGACCUCUCACGAAAUCCACCUAAGACAAUGGGGGAGCUCAUGACAAUAAUCGAGAAAGAUUGCGUUCACGAAGAAGCAAUGGCCGAGCGACAUACAUCAAAGGCUGAACCCGCCAAGACGAUAGGGCCGAAGAAGCAGGUAUCGAACGUUCGCCAAGGGCAAGGAAGCCAAGGUAGCUCGGGCCAGGCCUCGAACAAGUCGAACAACAAGGGCCGACCCCCGCAGCACCCUCAGCCACAAUCCUGGACACGAACGAAAAGAGAACCCCGACCGGACGAAUACGUCGCCGAACGUACGGUAUUCACUGAACCUAUUUAUAAACUUCUUAACAUCAUUGGCAAAUUGCCGUUCUUUGUUUGGCCAACGGUACUCUUAGGCACCGUCGGGAGCGGACCGGGGAUGUGCACGUAUCAUAAGGAACGUGGCCAUUACACCACGCAAUGCCCACCUUUCAAAAGGUAUCUAGAAGAGUUAGCAGCUGCCGGUCACCUCAAUCAGUGGAUCGACGUUCGGCAAAAUCCACUUCCUCCACCUCCCCCUCUUGUUGGCAAUCUCGUAAGCGUCAUACAAGGACUCGUAUCCGAAGGAAGGGCGGCCGAACUUCAUUCAGAAAUUGACAGGGCUGUCGCCUCUGCGUCAGUCUGCAACGUUGGAGCUUCGGGAAAGCGAAAAUGGGAAGAUCCGAGCUUCGGCGGUACCAUAACUUUUUCUUCCGACGACUUAAAAGGAGUGCAACUUCCACAUGCAGAUGCCCUCGUCGUCACUAUUGCCAUUGAAAAAUCAACCGUACAACGGGUAUUGAUAGAUCAGGGAAGCUCUGCCGAUGUCAUGUUUUUCUCUACUUAUCAGAGCCUCGGAUUAUCUCCCGCUCAACUUCGGACAGCGUCAGCUCCCCUCGUCAGUUUUACGGGAGCCCCGGUUUGGCCACUCGGCCUGACUACCCUCCCUGUGCGAGCUGGGUCACGCAUCCUGGAGAUCGAAUUUGUGGUGGUCGCUUCGCCAAGUCCGUACAACGUCAUUCUUGGCCGAACCUGGCUACACAAAAUGCAAGCGGUUGCUUCAACAUAUCACCAGGUGGUAAAAUUCGUCGGAUGGAACAGACGACAGGAAAGCCUGCCAGGCGAUCAAAUCCAAUCUAAGAAAUGCUACAUCAGCACUGUAACGAACAAACAGAGCUGCAUGGAGGUACAAUGCGUGGCUGCCGCUCCUAUCCCAAUGAUUGAGGAUGUUGGUGUACUUGCCGAACAAAGGUCAGCCGAGGAGCUAAUACGUUUUUCCAUUCCUGGGGAAGAAGGAAGAUAUUUUUUGAUCGGGAGUUCAUUGAGCGUGGACGAACGUGAGGAGAUGUAUCAAUUCCUGAUGAGAAACAUAGAGGUCUUUGCUUGGACACCACAAGACAUGCCGGGCGUGGACCCUUCGUUCGCCAUGCACUCAUUGAAUGUAGAUCCGAAUAGGCGACCGGUUGUGCAAAAAGUCCGACGCUCGUCGGCCGCACACACCGAAGCUGUGAUAGCAGAGGUGAAUCAACUGUUGGAAGCUGGCGUCAUUCGGGAAGUGCUAUACCCCACCUGGCUUGCCAACCCAGUGGUAGUCCCGAAGAAAAAUGGGAAACUAAGGGUCUGUGUCGAUUACACGAACCUCAAUGACGCCUGCCCCAUGGAUCGAUUUCCACUUCCUCGGAUUGAGCAGAUGGUAGACGCAACGGCAGGAUGCGAGCGCUUAAGCUUCAUGGACGCGUAUCGGGGCUACCAUCAAAUCGCUUUGGAUCCGGAAGAUCAGGAAAAAACGGCUUUCAUCUCGCCUCGGGGAACCUUCUGCUACAAGGUUGUCCCGUUCGGCUUGAAGAAUGCAGGUGCCACUUUCCAACGCUCCAUCACGAAGAUGUUUCCUGGCAUGCUUGGCGUAAAAGUAGAAGCUUAUAUUGACGAUUUGGUUUGCAGGAGCAUGUUCGCUCGGGACCACCUUCGAGAUCUGGGAGAGGUCUUUGCUGUUCUAAAACAUAGGAAGCUACGUCUCAAUGCCGAGAAGUGUGCGUUUGGCGUUAGCUCGGGGAAAUUCCUAGGAUACAUGGUGAGUCGCCGAGGAAUUGAAACUGAUCCUACCCAAAUUUUGGCUGUGCAGCGGCUACGAGCUCCAACGACAAUUAAAGAGGUACAGCGGCUCACGGGGAUGGUUGCUGCCUUGAACCGUUUCAUUCGACGUUCGAGCGAUCUCUGCAGCCCGUUCUUCCGAGCAAUCACAACAAGCCGACGCAGGUUUGUAUGGACAGAGGAAUGCGAGCAAGCUCUGCAAUCUUUAAAGCAAUACCUAUCUCACGCUCCUUUGCUCGUCAAGCCCCUGCCCGAUGAAGAUCUCUAUCUUUACCUUGCCGUUUCCGACCAUGCAACGAGCGCGGUUCUUGUUCGGAGAGAGGGGAUGGACCAUCAACCGAUCUUCUAUUCCACUGUUCUUCGGAAAACGGACACGUCGAGCCGAAUCCUGAAAUUCUCUCAAGACUUGGCCAACUUCGACAUCCAAUUCGAGCCUCGGACAGCUAUCAAAGGGCAAGUCUUGGCCGACUUCUUUGCCGAACUCACUCCCGGCUUACAAGACGAGGCCAAUGCCCUGGCAACUGCUGCUGAUGAAGCUCGGAUUCAAGAAGAAGAGGUUUUGGAAGGGCCGUCCGUCUGUCAAACCGAACCACUCCGUGCUCGGUAUACCUUCGGACGCAAGAAACCCAAACGACAAUGGAAGCUCUUCUCCGGCGACGCUUGGCGACUGACCGUCGAUGGGGCUUCUAAUGUUCAUGGAGCUGGUGCAGGCAUCGUCCUUGUCUCACCCAGCGGGACUGUUCAUGAAAGCGUGGUUUCAAUUGGGUACACGGCGACGAACAACGAGGCGGAAUAUGAAGCUCUAAUUGCAGACCUCCAACUUGCUCUUCGGCUGGAUGCGGAUUCGGUUCAUGUCUUUUGUGACUCUCAGCUCAUUGUGGGGCAUUUAAACGACGAUUAUCAGGCCAAAGAUCCACGUAUGAAUGCUUACGUGAGCCACGUCUUAGAUUUGUUCGGAAGAUUUGGACGCGUAGAAGUGGAGUGGAUCGCUCGGGAGCAUAACGCCCAUGCUGACGCCCUUGCAGGUCUUGCUUCAGUCUACAAGACCUCGGGUAGUCGCACCAUCACCUUUGACGAGGUCCCCAAAUCGUGCUUCGAAAAGCCGUCUGAACAGGUUAUGGCCAUCGCCCUCGGCCCAAGCCAGCUGGAUUCUGUGGUUGCUUACCUGAAGAAUCAAGUGCUACCGACGAACAAGCGCGAAGCGUACAAAAUCCGUUGCCGAGCCGCCAAUUUUUUCUUGGGACCGAAUGACAAUCUCUACCGACGGACUUUCACUGGCCCCGAUCUGCGUGUCGUCCACGACGACCUUGUGCCAGCCGUCCUGGAGGAACUUCAUUCGGGUAGCUGUGGGGCUCACUCAGGAGGAUGGUCCCUUGCGCAGCGUGCCCUGACACAAGGCUAUUGGUGGCCGAAGAUGGUCAAACAAUCCGAAGAAUACGUAAAGCUCUGUGUUCGGUGUCAAAAGCAAGCAUCUCUCAUCCACCAACCUGCAUUCCCCCUUAAAAUGAUCACCAGUCCGUGGCCGUUUGCAGUUUGGGCUUUUGACAUAGUUGAUUUGUUCACCAAGUGGGUAGAAGCUUCCCCCAUGAUCAAGACCACCGCCGGGGACGUGGAACGCUUUAUUUGGAAGCACAUUAUCUCCAGGUUCGGCGUACCGUACGCCAUCCUUUCUGAUAAUGGCUCCCAAUUUGUUGCCUCCGCUCUCAAAGCUUUUUAUGCGAAGCGCCACAUUACCAUCCAAAAUUCCUCGGUGGCAUAUCCUCAAGGUAAUGGACAAGCCGAAGCAUCGAACAAGACAAUCACUCGGGGGCUGAAGCGCCGUCUGGAUCGGAAGCUAGGUAAGUGGGUGGAAGAGCUUCCACACGUCUUGUGGGCCUAUCGAACAACACCUCGGCGGUCCACCGGCCGUACUCCGUUCGCUAUGGCCUACGGUAUGGAGGCUGUCCUCCCUUUAUCUACUAUGAUCCCUACAGUUCGGACGGAGAAUUUUAACCCUAUCGACAACAGUGUUCUUGUGGGUACCGAGUUAGAUUUAGCCGAAGAACUGCGUGACAAUGCUAACCUUCGGCACGCCGCGUACCAGCAAGAAGUUGCAAGGGGCUACAACCGCAAUGUUCGUGCUCGACCAUUCAACGUCGGGGACUUAGUCCUUCGGAUGGUUACCGAAGCGACAAAGUUGACCAAGCUGAAGGAUCCCUAUGAAGGACCUUACCGAGUGGUUGAGAAGAUCGGGCAUGGAGUCUACAAGCUUGCUGAGAUGGAUGGCACGCCAAUCGCUAAUCCAUGGAAUGCCCAAAAGCUUAGGAAAUUCCAUGGCUAG